CUCCUCUGAAACCAGAACUGAGAUUAGGAAGAAAAAUCUUGCCAUUUAGAAUAAGACUUGCAUUGAUCUAGAAGGAGAUUUCCUAAUAGUCUUCAAAGAGAAGGAGUAUCUGCUGACAUAGAAGGAAGAGAAAAGACUGGAGCAGAAUGGAUAUAGCAUCUCCCUCUCCUCUCACUGUCUUAUUACCACAAAUCAAUGCAACAUCCACUGGCAAAAACAGAACCUGUUAUGAUUCCGGCAUAAAUGAAGAAGUGCUUAUUUUUGCAAUCUUCACUAUGCUUUUCUGUGUAUUGGGAAUGUUGGGCAACGGCCUCGUGAUUUGGCUGCUGGGCUCCUCCGUUAAGAAGAAUACUUUUGCCAUUUAUAUUAUCAACCUCUCGGUGGCGGACUUUGGAUUCCUCACCUUUGAGCUGAUUAUAGAAAUCCACUGGCUUUUUACACGUCUGUAUUGUGACUUUCCCUAUGAACUCUUCCAAACGGGCCUGCUGUUAAUGUACAGUACGGGGCAAUUUCUCCUGACCGUCAUCAGCAUCGACAGGUGUGUUUCAGUUCUUUUCCCAAUUUGGUAUCGAUGCCACCGGCCGACGCAUCUCUUCACUACUGUGUGUGCCGUCACCUGGACCAUUUCCUUCAUCCUCUCUUCCAUUCAUUUCACAAUUAUAGCGGUUGAUGGAUUUGGAAACAGUUAUACUCUGAUGUAUCAAUUCAUCGUUAACUCUGUGCUCUGUCUCCCACUUAUGACCAUCUCCAGUGUCAUCUUAUUUAGCAAAAUCUGCUUCAUAUCCAAAAGCCAAAGGCGGAGGCAGCUUUUGACAGCUAUUUUGCUCACUCUUUUCUUUUUCUUAGUCUUGGCUUUUCCACUCAAUGCCUUUUAUAUUAUCCUGUACGUUUUCAAAUAUAUACCUCCCAACCUUGUGCAUUAUGGCUAUUUAUGCACCUGUAUCAACAGCAGCAUUAACCCUCUGAUCUAUUAUCUGGUGGGGAGACAGAAGAGUAAGACUCAGAGAAACAUCAAAGACUUGCUGCAGAAAGUUUUCAAGGAGGAAGAAAAUUGUACUGAUCAAAUGGAAACUUCAGAAGGCUCCAAGAUCUGAACUCUUUAAUUUCAUCAUUGCCACUCAUAAGAUACAAUUAUUUAUUUCCAAGCAAGCCCAUAAUUUUGUUUUUUAUUUAAUGGAAACUGAUCUCUAUAGUGAUUAAUUUGUGCAUGAAUCCACAAUUUGUGCAGACAAUGAAAGAAGACAAGUGAUACAACAAGAUCGUAUGAAAUCACAUUUCAAUGAAAAAAGUUGUAUGAUUCCAGCAGAAAUAUAUCAGACUGAAAACAUUUCAAGUGGUAAUAUCUAUAAACUGUCCUCUUUUCCUACAUAUGUAUAUAUAUUGUGAUUGAAAUAUGUUUGGAUAUUAUUAGUAGUUGGUAGGGUUGGUAGUUGGACUGUUGGUUUUUUUAUUAUUAUUUAUUUAUUAUAUAUUUUCUCUUUAUGUACAAUAAGUGGUUAGUGAACAGUGUACUGUCUGAGUCAAUUUGUUUACAUAACAAUAUUAAACAUUAAUAUAAAAUAUUAAGGCAUGGCUAGUCUACUGAAGAGAAGGACCCGGGGAGACAUGAUAGCCGUCUUCCAAUACUUAAGGGGCUGCCACAGAGAGGAGGAAGGAGGUCAAGCUGUUUUCCAAAGCACCUGAAGGCCAGACAAGGAAUAAUGGAUGGAAACUGAACAAGGAGAGAUUCAACCUGGA